AUGGCACAAGAGGACCGCCGCAUCCCAGAGGGCGCUUGGGUCCUCGUCACCGGCGCAAAUGGAUUCAUCGCUUCGCACAUCGUCGAUCUCCUCCUCGAGAAGGGCUACAAUGUGCGCGGCACGGUGCGCAACGAGAAGCCCUGGCUCGACAAGUUCUUCGAGGAGAGAUAUGGGACGGGCAGGUUCGAGACGACCAUUGUGUCGGCCAUGGACGCCGAUGCGGCCUUCGACGAGGCUGUCCGGGGUGUCGCGGGUGUGGUGCAUGUGGCGACAGACGUCUCUUUCAGCCCGGACGCGGACGCCGUGAUUCCCGGCGUCAUCGCCAGCACUGUCAAUCUCCUCAAGGCCGCCGCGGCGCAGCAAUCCGUCAAGAGCUUCGUGCUGACAUCCUCAUCCACGGCGGCAUUGAUCCCUGAAGUGAACAAGCAAAUGACUGUCGAGCAAAACACGUGGAAUGACUCGAUCGUGGAGGCCGUGUACAGCAAAGACACGCCCGAAGAGGCGAAGCCGUACGUGGUCUACGGCGCCUCGAAGACGCUGCAGGAGCGCGAGUUCUGGAAGUGGGCGAAAGAGAAUUCCCCGAGCUUCUCGGUCAACAGCGUCUUGCCCAACAUGAAUCUCGGCCGAAUCUUGCUGCCAGAAAGCUUUGGUAGUACAAUGGGCUGGGUCCGCGGUCUUCUGGAUGGGAAUGACCGUAUGCUUCACGUGCUCCCGCCGCAAUGGUAUAUCGACGUCCGGGAUGACGCUCGAGUCCACGUUGCGGCGUUGCUUGAUCCAACAGUGCAGAACGAACGGCUCUUUGCGUUUGCAGGCCCCUACAACUGGACCGAUGUCAUCAACAUCUUGACCAAGCUGCGGCCAAACAACACAAAAAUCCCCAAAGCUCCAUCGGAAGAAGGCCGUGACCUGACCGAUAUCAAGGGGAGCAAGAGGGCAGAGGACCUCAUCAAAUCGUUCUUCGGCGUUUCUGGCUGGACGAGCCUGGAGGAUAGUCUUGCUGCGGGCAUCGCAGACCUGAAGUAG